AAAUAUCAACUCUUCAAAGAAAAAAAACACACAUCCACCUCAAUCAUUCCAAAAGAAACAAUGAAGUUUCAACAAUCCCAUAACCAACUUCAUGUAGUUUUUGUUCCAUAUCCAACUCCUGGCCAUAUGAUUCCCAUGAUAGACACAGCAAGACUAUUUGCCAAACAUGGUGUUAAUGUUACCAUCAUCACCACACCUGCCAGUGCUUCAACCUUCCAAAAAUCCAUUGACACUGACUUCAAUUCAGGAUACUCCAUCAAAACUCAUCUCAUUCAGUUUCCUUCUGCUCAAGUUGGUCUCCCUCAUGGUGUUGAAAAUCUCAAAGAUGGCACUUCACGUGAAAUAUUCGCAAAAAUUUGCCGUGGAAUAUCAUUGCUCCAAAAACCAAUUGAGGUUUUGUUUCAUGAUCUUCAACCUGAUUGUAUAGUCACUGAUCUGAUGCAUGAUUGGACCGUGGAUGCAGCUGCAAAACUUGGCAUUCCGACCAUUCACUAUUACAGCGCAAGCUACUUCUCCAACUGCGCCUUUCGUUAUAUUGCGAAGUAUAGACCUCAUGAUGUUUUAGUUUCUGAUACACAGAAAUUUACUAUUCCUGGUUUCCCUCAUACCAUUGAGAUGACUCCUCUGCAGAUUUCUGAUUGGUUAAAGGUCAAAAAUACUGACCCAGCCCAUGUUAAACUAACUUUGGAUUUGGCACCAACUUUUGAGUCAGAGGAUAGAAGCUAUGGGACGCUAUACAAUAGUUUUCAUGAACUGGAAAGUGAUUAUGAGAAACUUAAUAAAACUACAAUAGGGAUCAAAUCUUGGAGUGUAGGACCAGUUUCAGCUUGGGUGAACAAGGAUGAUGAAAGAAAGGCUAAUAGGGGACACAUGGGGAAGAGCUUUGGAAAAGAGAAAGAGCUGCUAAAUUGGCUUAACUCUAAGCCAAAUGAUUCUGUGUUGUAUGUAAGUUUUGGAAGUCUUUCUAGGCUUUCUCAUGCACAGAUUGUUGAAAUAGCUCAUGGACUUGAAAAUUCAAGUCACAAUUUCAUCUGGGUUGUUAGAGAAAAGGAUAAAGAUGCGGAUAAAGAAGGUUUUAUUUAUGAUUUUGAGGAAAGGAUGAAGGAAAGCAACCAGGGAUAUAUCAUAUGGAACUGGGCACCUCAGCUUCUGAUAUUGGAUCACCCUUCGACCGGAGGAAUUGUGACUCACUGUGGUUGGAACUCAACUCUUGAAAGUGUGAAUGCUGGUUUGCCGAUGAUUACAUGGCCAAUGUUUGCUGAUCAGUUUUUUAAUGAGAAGUUGCUUGUUGAUGUUUUGAAGAUAGGAGUUUCUGUUGGAUCAAAAUUGAACAAGUUUUGGCUUGGCAUUGUUGAAGAGAUAGUGGUGGAAAGGGAAGAGAUUGCAAAGGCUGUUGCGAUUUUGAUGGGAAAUGACCGAGAGGGAAAAGAAAUGAGGAUGAGAGCAAAAAAGCUUGGAAAUGCUGCCAAGAGGACUAUAGAGGAAGGUGGAGACUCUUACAACAACUUGGUUCAGUUGAUUGAUGAGUUAAAAUCAUUGAAGAAAUCUAAAGCACUUGGCGAGAAAACAUAUUAGAUGGUAGAAGUGAGACAGAUAGCGUAAUCUUGGCGCUUCGAUGAAAAAACAUUGAAUCAAUCUUGUGCAAUGCAAUGAUGAUAAAACAAGUUAGCUUUUUGAAUGAAAUUUACAUGUUAAGCUAAGAAAAAGAUGCGAUGAUGAAUUAAAUAUCCUUGUUUACUUUGGUUUGCCUUUAUAGUAUUUAUCAUUGGUUAUAUUGAUUCAUCACUACAAAUAUUUAGUGUUCUAUCAGGCCAUGUGCUAUAUGCUGUAUAACUUUUGUUUGCAAUAAAGAUGAUAUAAAUGAAAC